AUGGUCACCGAACCAUCGGUUCCGAUACCUUUCUCUGAACCUCCAUGGCUACUUGGUCAGCCAUCUCCAUACUACAAUGAAUCGCACAGAGAAUGGCAAAAAUCGUGUCGAGCAUUCAUCGAGGAACACCUAUCGUCUCACGCCCGGGAAUGGGAAAACGAAGGCGACGUCCCGGACCACGUGUUCGAGACGUUCUCGAAGCACAACAUGUUGAUUCCCAACCUGCCGGCACCGCUGCCGGUGGAACUGCUGAAAAGCAUGGGCAUCGUUGAACUGCUGGGGGGGUUGAGGGUCGAAGAUUUCGACCACGUCCACUUUUCCAUCUACAUCAGCGAGAUGAAAAGAGCUGGACUCGGCGGGCCGCCCUCCUCGUUGUCGACGGGCAUGGCAUAUGGCGUGCCUCCGAUCAUCACCUAUGGCAGCAAGCAGCUACAGCAGCGGUUCCUCCCCGAACUGCUCAGAGGAGACAAGAGAAUCUGCAUCGGUAUCACAGAGCCGGAUGCCGGAAGCGACGUCGCCAAUCUGUCCACCACGGCGGAGAGGACGGCGGACGGCAAGUUCUAUGUGGUGAAUGGGACCAAGAAAUGGAUCACCAAUGGUGUUUGGUCGCAUUACUGCACAAUGGCAGUCCGAACUGGAGGUCCCGGCCCUGGCGGGUUGUCGCUCCUUAUUGUACCGCUCCUCGGCCAGGAGGGCGUUUACAUGCGCCGGAUGAAAACCACUGGAAGCACCACCAGUGGCACCACUUACAUUGAACUCGACGACGUCAAGGUGCCUGUUGAGAAUCUCAUUGGAAAGGAAGGGGAUGGGAUGAAAAUGAUCACCACCAAUUUCAACCACGAGAGACUGGCCAUCGUCAUCGGCAUCACUCGCACGUCACGCGUCGCGCUGUCCGCAGCUUUCGAAUACGUCAUGGAGCGCGAAGCUUUUGGCAAGCCGCUCAUAGAGCAGCCCGUGGUUCGAAAUCGCCUUGCCAGGUGCGGGGCCGAGCUCGAAUCUUUGUCUGCCUGGGUCGAGCAAUUCGUGUACGCGUUGUCAAAGAUGAAGAAGGAAGAAGCUGAUGUCCAGUUGGGCGGCCUCAUUUCCCUCGCCAAAGCAAAGGCAGGCUUGGUGCUGGACGAAUGUUCACGUUGCGCAGUGCUUCUAUUUGGCGGGAAUGGUUUCACGAGGACAGGCCGGGGCGAGCUGGUCGAGAAAAUCUACCGAGAAAUUCCAGCCGCACGGAUCCCCGGAGGCACCGAGGAUGUCAUGUUUGAUUUGGCCAUCAGACAGUUGGUCAAGAACUACCGCGCAGAGACGAAAGCCUUGACAGCUGCGAAAUCGUCCAAGAUUUGA